AGUGAUCGUGGAAACCUGUUUUUAAAAAGCCUGGUUCCUGAAAGGCGCAAGGUGCUGCCUCGCCAGCCUUUCAGCGCUGUGCCUCCAGCCGCAGGGGUCGGGGGCGGUGCCGCCGUGACUCCGCCCACCACCCGGUCCCUUUCUCCGGCUGGGAGCCCCACGGCAGGCCAGUCCCAGGCCGGUGGCUCCGCUGUCCCGGCCGGCCGGGCUGCAAGUCGGCGCCGGCUGAGCGCCCAGGGGCCGCGGGGGUGGCCGCCGAGACGCGUGGCACAGCUCCCCGGGCGCCCGCGUCCCCGCGCCGGGGCCGCCGCCUGGGCCGGCGCAGGGCGGGCCCGGAGCUCUAGAUGCCGCCAGUCCCGGGGCUGCGGAGCCGGCCGGCUGGUUCCUGCGAUGGCGGCGGAAGAGGAGGCUGCGGCGAGAGACAGAAUACUGACUGAAGAGAACCAGUGCAUUUCUCCUGUGGUUUCCAGUCAUAUGAGCCCAUGGACAAAACCAACAGCUAUUGGAUCCCUCUGCCCACAUGUGGUGGAGUUCCCAAGAAAACGAAAAGGAAGUGAUUCAGACCCAUCCCAGUCAGGAAUCAUGACAGAAAAAGUGGUGGAAAAACUCUCUCAGAAUCCCUUUACCUAUCUUCUUUCAACAAGGAUAGAAAUAUCAGCACCCGGUGGCAGCAGAAUGGAAGAUGGUGAACAACAAGGAAAAGUGAAGUCCUUCAGAGAAGCUCAUAGCCAAACCGAAAAGCGGAGGAGAGAUAAAAUGAAUAACCUGAUUGAAGAACUAUCUGCAAUGAUCCCUCAGUGCAAUCCCAUGGCACGUAAACUGGAUAAACUUACAGUGUUAAGAAUGGCUGUCCAACACUUGAAAUCUUUAAAAGGUAUGACAAAUUCUUAUGCAGGAGAUAAUUAUAGACCUUCAUUUAUUCAGGAUAAUGAGCUCAGACACUUAAUCCUUAAGACUGCAGAAGGCUUCCUAUUUGUGGUUGGAUGUGAAAGAGGAAAAAUUCUCUUCGUUUCUAAGUCAGUCUCCAAAAUACUUAAUUAUGAUCAGGCUAGCUUGACUGGACAAAGCUUAUUUGACUUCUUACAUCCAAAAGAUGUUGCCAAAGUAAAGGAGCAACUUUCUUCUUCCGAUAUUUCACCGAGAGAGAAGCUGAUCGAUGCCAAAACUGGUUUGCAAGUUCACAGGAAUUUCCACAGUGGAAGGACUCAUGUAUAUUCUGGCUCAAGGCGAUCCUUUUUUUGUCGGAUAAAGAGUUGUAAAAUCUCUGUCAAAGAAGAGCAUGAAUGCUUAUCCACCUCAAAGAAGAAAGAUCAUAGAAAAUUCUGUACUAUCCACUGCACUGGUUACUUGAGAAGCUGGCCUCCACAUGUUGUUGGAAUGGAAGAAGAAAGGGACAAUAAGAAAGACGGUAGUAAUUUUAACUGCCUUGUUGCCAUUGGAAGAUUACAUCCAUAUAUUGUCCCACAGAACAGUGGAGAGAUUAAAGUGAAACCAACUGAAUUUAUAACCCGGUUUGCAAUGAAUGGAAAAUUUGUCUAUGUGGACCAAAGGGCAACAGCAAUUUUAGGAUAUCUGCCUCAGGAACUUUUGGGAACUUCUUGUUAUGAAUAUUUUCAUCAAGAUGACCAUAGUAAUUUGACUGACAAGCACAAAGCAGUUCUACAGAGUAAAGAGAAAAUAUUUACAGAUUUAUACAAGUUCAGAAAGAAAGAUGGCUCUUUUGUAACUUUAAAAAGCCAGUGGUUUAGUUUCACAAAUCCUUGGACCAAAGAACUGGAGUAUAUUGUGUCUGUCAACACUUUAGUUUUGGGACAUAGUGAGAUGAGAGAAGUGUCGUUACUUCCUUGUAGCUCUCAAUCAUCAGAAGAAUCCUCUAAACAGUCUUGCAUUAGUGUGCCUGGAAUGUCUACAGGAAUAGUACUUGGUGCUGGGAGUAUUGGAACAGAUAUUGUAAAUGAAGUCCUGGAUUUACAAAGGUAAAGUUUU